AGCGAGGCCACCGAGCUCUCUCCCUCUCUCGUUUCUAACACCAUCGUCCAUCGAUAGAACACUCGAGAACUCCUCCACUCUCUUCUUCUCUCUACCCUAAGCGGUUUUGAAAGGGGGGAAAGCUGUUUUCCGGCGGGCGGAGGCGGAGCGAGUGAGCUGUUUCCGGCGAGCGAUCGGAGAUGGCCACUUGGCGUCGGAGCGCGGUUCUCGCGACGCUCUGGACCCUCGUUAUCGUUUGCGUCACCCCCUUCGAUCUCAUUUCAAAUGGGGCUUCUAAUGAUGACGAUGAGUCGCCUCUGGGUUUUGGGGAUGAGAGCGGGGAGAAUAGCAUGCUUCUUGAUCUGGAGGCCUUCGGCAUGGCGAAAGAGCCAAUGGAGAUAGCUCAUACUGAUAGUCUAAGUGAUUCGGAUCAGUUGGAGGUUGAAUUAGCUGCGUUGCCGACCAAUGAAAAGCAACGCAAGAGCCCUGCGGAACAUCAUUGCCGGGUGUUGUUGGCAAUUGAUGAAGGUUUUCGAUCAGAAAAAGAUGGCAUCGUCAAUCAAUUGACGAACCAAGAGAUUGGCAACAAUGGGUUGGAGAAACCCAAGGAGAGACAAGAGAAGAUUGAUGUGAGUGCAGUGAAUCCGAAAGAUGCAUCUGUUUUAGUCAAGCAGGGGAAUAACAGUGAAAUUCGCACUGAAAAUCAUAUUAUUGCAUCUCCUAGUAAACUUAGUAGAGGACCCAUAAUUUUUCAUGAUGCAAUGAUACACCGUCUUAAGGAUCAGUUGACAAAGGCAAAAGCCUCCCUUAGCCUUCAAUCAACACUCAGUGAUUCCAACUUCACAAAGGAACUCUGCACGCAAAUAAGGGAUGUUCAGCGAGCACUUGGUGAUGCAACAAAGGACUCAGAUUUGCCCAAGAAUGCUGAGGAUAAACUAAAGGCCCUGGAAGAAUCUUUGACUAAGAGCAAGCAGAUUCAAGAUGACUGCCCUGCUGUUGUAAGAAAGCUUGAUGCGAAGUAUCAACCAGUGCGGAAUAAAUUACGCGAUGAUAAGAGAUUUGCAAGCGUAUUAACACAAAAUGUAGCUAAAUCUCUCCCCAGAGAAAUCCACUGUCUGGCGCUGCGACUUACAGCUCAGUAUUAUGCAUCGUCCUCCAGCCAACAGCAGUUUCCUAAUGUAGAAAAGCUUGAGGACCCUAAACUGUACCAUUAUGUACUCAUCUCAGAUAAUGUUUUGGCGGCAGGAGUCGUCGUGAAAUCUGCUGUCUAUUUUGCUAACGAGCCCGAGAAUCAUGUUUUCCACAUUUUGACUGAUGAAAUCCACUAUGCUGCGAUGAGUAUGUGGUUUCUAGCUAAUCCACCUGGUGAAGCAGCUAUUGAAGUUCGAUACAUGGAAGAGUUCUCGUGGAUUAAUUCAAGCUACAGCCCAGCCAUGAAACAGCUCGAAUCUGACUCUUUGAUCGAUUUCUACUUUAAGACUCGUAACGUCCUACCUGAUGGGAACUUAAAAUACCGGAACCCGAAAUACCUAUCUAUGCUGAACCACCUCCGGUUCUAUAUCCCGGAGAUCUUCCCAAAACUCAAUAAGGUGAUUUUUUUGGAUGAUGAUAUAGUGGUUCAGCAAGAUCUUACGGGUCUUUGGUCCAUUGAUUUAAAGGGAAUGGUUAAUGGUGCUGUUGAGACCUGUCGUGACGACUUCCAUAGGUUCAGUCAAUAUCUCAAUUUCUCAAAUCCUCUAAUUGUCAAAACUGAUGUUGACCCUCAAAGUUGUGGUUGGGCUUUCGGCAUGAACAUAUUCGAUCUGGUGGAGUGGAGAAAGAAGAAUAUAACUGAUAUCUAUCACUACUGGCAAAAUCUGAACGACAACAGGAGCUUAUGGCAAUUGGGCACUCUUCCGGUCGGUCUUCUCGCCUUCUGGAAACAAACAAUGCCUAUUUCGAAAACGUGGCAUGUCUUGGGCCUCGGGUACAACCGGGAGAUUAGCCACGAUGAUAUUAAACAAGCUGCUGUCAUACACUUCAACGGGAAUUCGAAGCCUUGGUUAGAGACCGCCAUUCCCCAUUUCCGCCGCUACUGGACAAGGUUCGUGGACUACGAUCAGGUUUACCUCCGCGACUGCAAGAUGAAAUCCUUUUGAUGGUAUCUUAGUUCUUUUAACCCCAAAAAAGCUGUGCAUAUUGUUCCUUAUUUUUUGAGGAUUUGAUUCUUCAAACCAUUGACCUGUUCAGAUCACUUCUUUUGAUACUGUAGAUAAUCAUACUGUCUAGAGUUUUCAUUCUUUUAUAUCCUUUUCUAAAUCUUUCCUAUAUACAAAUGUUCAGAGAAAUUGUAACGACACACACAGGAUGCAAAACUAAUACAUUUGUUUCUUCUUUAGUGAAAACAAACUAUUUUUCUCUGGUUAUGGUUACUCUGCAGCUAUAAACAUUCGUUCUAUUUUGUCAAUAUUUAAAUUUGAUUUGACUAUUCUUUGCAUUGGAUCUGUUACUGUCGUGGGUGGGUGAUGCCGGGAAGGACAGAGCCAAGGGCCCCGGGUUCAUCAGGGCCGCUCAUCACAUGGACGGUCUGCUUUAUAUUAAUGCCACGUGGACGGUGGAUGGAUUCGUCUCGUUUUGAGAACCACAUUCGCCAAAUUUUUGUUCUGCACAUUGUUUUUCUCAAUCCGGUGACGUUGUUGCUGCAGGCGCCUGACAAAAUUGACUGGGUACUCUGGUAGGCCGUUUAACGACUUAAACACACAGCUAGAUAUAUGGCUACUUUUCAACCCAAUAAACCCUCCACGAGUUAAACGGUCUGACUCAAUUCCAUGACUUGAUCAUUCCGUAAAGAAUAUCAUUUUAUUAAUAAGUGAAAGAAAUUUUAUCAAAAUUAAUUAUGUUAGCUGCUUUAAU